AAUCGUUUUGUGUUGUGUAAUCAAAUAGGAAAAAGUAAAAUUAUUCGUGAUGACUUCAACAGCGCCAACAGCUCCUCCAGCAGCAGCACAGCUGCUGCGCCCGCCAAGAAGACGCCACCCAAGUCCAUGAAAUACAUCAUUGGCGGUGCCAGUGGCAUGGGCGCCACUCUGUGUGUGCAACCUCUCGAUCUGAUCAAGAAUCGUAUGCAAAUCGCCGGUGCUGGCAGCGGUAAGAAGGAAUUCCGCAAUUCCUUCCAUUGCAUUCAGACUGUAAUCAGUCGCGAGGGACCUUUGGCCUUGUACCAGGGCAUCUCCGCAGCUCUGCUGAGGCAGGCGACCUACACCACCGGUCGCCUGGGCAUGUACACCACGCUGAAUGAGGAGUAUCGCGAUCGCUUCCAGCGCGAUCCCAAUGUCAUAGCCAGCAUGGCGAUGGGCACGAUAGCCGGAGCCGUGGGCGCGUUCAUUGGCACACCGGCUGAAGUGGCUCUGGUGCGUAUGACCUCCGAUGGACGGCUGCCCGUGGCGGAGCGUCGCAACUACUCGAACGUGUUCAAUGCUUUGGUGCGCAUGACACGCGAAGAAGGAAUAACGGCACUGUGGCGUGGAUGUGUGCCUACCAUGGGCCGAGCUAUGGUGGUGAAUAUGACACAAUUGGCCAGUUAUUCGCAGUUCAAGACAUACUUCCGCACUGGACCCCUGAAGAUGGAUGAGGGCAUCAAAUUGCAUUUCUGUGCCAGUAUGUUGAGCGGUUUGUUGACCACAAUUGCCUCGAUGCCGCUGGACAUUGCCAAGACGCGCAUUCAGAACAUGAAGACCAUCAACGGCAAGCCGGAAUAUCGCGGUACGAUUGAUGUGCUACUCCGUGUCAUCCGACAGGAGGGCGUCUUCUCAUUGUGGAAGGGCUUCACGCCGUACUACUUCCGUCUGGGACCCCACACCGUGUUGACCUUCAUUCUGAUGGAGCAGCUGAACCAGGGCUUCAACAAGUAUGUCCUGGGUGUGGAAAAGAGUGGUUCGGGACUCUAAAGAAGAGAUCUGCGGCCUUUGGAGAGCAGUGUGUGUAAUGUUUUAAUUGUUAGAGUUGUAUCGCCAAUUGUUAUCACUGUUAAACCCACUGACAACUGCAUAUAUUCCAAGCACCAACUCCGAAGAUCUAAAUCAAUUUAACGACAAUACGAACGAGCAUGAGACGAUGGUAUAGCUGUUGUACAUACUUAUAUAGAGUACAGAUAUAUUUAGAGCAUUUAAAUGUCGGAAUUCCGGUGACAAUAUUAGAAAAUUACAAGUUGUAUCAGUUUUAUAUGAAUUAAGCGAAAAGUGGAUUCUCAAUAAAGCACAAUAUAUUGCAA